GUGCCCGCGGCCGCGCCCAAGGCGCACAGCAGCCGCCCGCGCCUCUCGGCUGCGCUGCCGCCGCUGCGCCUCGCCGGCGCCGCACGCACGUACGCCGCCGAGGCCGGCGGCAAGUUCCUGCGCAACAAGCCGCACAUGAACAUCGGCACCAUCGGCCACGUCGACCACGGCAAGACGACGCUCACCGCCGCCAUCACAAAGGUGCUGCACGAGAAGAGCGGCUCGGGCAAGUUUGUCGACUACGCCAGCAUCGACAAGGCGCCCGAGGAGAAGGCGCGCGGCAUCACCAUCUCCACCGCGCACGUCGAGUACGAGACCGAGGCGCGCCACUACGCCCACGUCGACUGCCCGGGCCACGCCGACUACAUCCGUAACAUGAUCACCGGUGCCGCCCAGAUGGACGGCGCCAUCAUCGUCGUGUCCGCCACCGACGGCCAGAUGCCGCAGACGCGCGAGCACCUGCUGCUUGCACGCCAGGUCGGCAUCAAGAAGCUCGUCGUCUUCAUCAACAAGGUCGACCAGGUCGACGACCCGGAGAUGCUCGAGCUCGUCGAGAUGGAGAUGCGCGACCUGCUCUCCACGUACGGCUUCGACGGCGAGAACACGCCCAUCACGUCGGGCUCGGCGCUCGCGGCGCUCGAGGGCCGCGACCCCAAGAUCGGCGCCGAGGCCAUCGAGACGCUCAUGAAGUCGACCGACGAGUGGCUCGACCUGCCGCCGCGCGAUCUGGAGAAGCCGUUCCUCAUGCCCGUCGAGGAUGUCUUCUCCAUCUCGGGCCGCGGCACCGUCGUCACGGGCCGUGUCGAGCGUGGCACCAUCACCAAGGGCUCUGAGAUCGAGAUCGUCGGCCUUGGCUCGAGCAUGAAGACGACGCUCACGGGCAUCGAGAUGUUCCACAAGGAGCUCGACCGCGGCGAGGCGGGCGACAACAUGGGCGCGCUGCUGCGUGGCGUCAAGCGCGAGCAGAUCAAGCGUGGCCAGGUGCUCAUCUUCCCGGGCUCGAUCAAGCCGGUGAAGAAGUUCCAGGCCCAGUGCUACAUCCUGACCAAGGAGGAGGGCGGCCGGUACUCGCCAUUCACGAGCGGCUACCGCCCGCAGCUCUUCAUCCGCACGGCGGACGUAACCGUGUCGCUGUCGCACCUGCCGGGCACGGAGGAUGCCGACGAGAAGAUGGUGAUGCCGGGCGACUCGAUUGAGAUGGUCGGCGAGCUGGUGCACGACGUGGCCCUCGAGACGGGCAGCCGCUUCACGCUGCGCGAGGGCGGCAAGACGGUCGGCACGGGCAUCGUGACUAAGCUGGGCUAA